AAUAUAUAGGAACGAUGCGUCUGGUUGAACGAUUGUUGUUGUUGCUUUCCCUCCUGUUGAUGGAUAAUCGAGUGAAAGUUAUUUUACCGAAAGUCACCAACACCAUCCCCGUAGUUCGGUGGAGUUCUUAUUCGCGAUCGAGCAGCUCGACUUCCUCGUCCUCGUUUUUAUCCUCGUUGUCAUCGUUCAAGGAGGAGGAUUGCGCCGGAUGCGCGCAAAACAAAGUUGGCCUGAUCACCGUCACGGAUCCAAUUCUAACGGAGCUAAGAGUCGAAUAUGUCAAACAACAAAUCCUCAAGAAGCUACGGCUUUCCAAACCGCCAGAGAUAUCGAUGCCGCUCUCGACCUUGCCAAAGCCUCUGAUAAAUGGCCGUGUGCUCGAACUUCGACCCGGAGCGCCACUCGAACCGGAAAAAUCAGUCGACAGUUUUUACGGAAAAACCGAUCAGAUUGUCGUCUUUCCAAACGAAGGUAUUGCCGAUUCGAAAAAGUGCCGGCAAAGAUCGAACCAUUUGACGGCGUGCUUCACGUUUUAUCUACCGAACGAAAUGCAAUUUGUGGACGUGACCUCGGCGCAACUUUGGUUUUACAAGGAGUACGACGAGAACGACGACAGGAAUCAAACUUUCGUACUCUCUGAACUCGAUCAUUGGGAUUUGUAUGGAAACUUUGAAAAAAACAUGAUCAUGGCCAUCUUCGAAACAGAUAUCAGAGAGGGAUGGGUCAAGGCCGACGUAAGCUUCACCUUGAAGAAAUGGGUGAAGGAGCUUCGGUUAAACCACGCGAUACAGAUAGCUUGCAGCACUUGCUCGAUCGACCGAGAUACAGCGCCUGUAUCCAUUCGACGAACUUUGAAACCUUUCCUCGUCAUACACACAUCCCCGUUACCGCAAAAAAACAGGCCGAAGAGAAACUCGAAUUGCUUGCCGGAAAUGAAGGAGUGCUGCAGGGACGAACUCUACAUUAAUUUCGAAGACAUCGGUUGGAGCGAUUGGAUCCUCCAUCCAAACGGAUAUCACGCUUACUUCUGCCGUGGAUCUUGUUCUUCCGCAGCUUCGUUAACCAUCAGUGGAUCUCUCUACAAUAAUGUGAUCAGAAAGUUAUUGAGCAAAAAUGGGAAUACGAUACAUCGAAAGAACGAGAUAGUUCCAUGCUGUUCACCUACGCAAUUAUCGCCGAUUCAAUUGCUCUACGUUGAUUCGAACAAUACGAUUACGCAGAAAACGUUGCCGAACAUGGUAGUCGAAGCGUGCGGUUGUAUGUGAUUUCGAUCGAAAAAUCGAAUCAAUUCUUUACGAUAAUGCAUGAUGCAAUCCUCCAGCUUCUUUCAAUUUUCAAACUUCGUUGUACGUAUGUACCUGCCUCGUUCGUUACGAGUAGACAUGCGCGUGUGUACAAAAUUCUCCAAUGUUGAAUAUGAGAAUAGUACGUAAGUUUGCGACUUGUGGAAUUAAGAAAAUAACUAAGAAAACGUUAUAUUUAAAUCGACGAAAAAUCGUCUUCCAGAAAGGUCAGAAAUUAUUGUGCGAAAAUAGAGCCGAGAAUGUGUACGUGCAUAAAUUGAUCUUGGCUUUGAUAACGAACGAAUUGUCGUGUUAUAUUA